UUGAUUGAGUGGAAAGCGCAAACUGCGAUAAACAACGGACGCAAAACGCAACCGAUAGAAUUUCCCGGAUUGUGGGAAGCACGACGCGAAGAACACGACCCGACUCAGUGCAUGCCAGCAAUGGGUGCUGCGAUGUAA